UGAAAUAAAAAAAUAGCUGCUGCUGUUUGAAGUCCGAGUGUUUACUUUCUCCUGAAUCAAUGACUCAGGACGAGCUGUGCGGAGUUGAUCGAGGAGCACGGCAGUCUUGCAUUGCUCAGCACUCGACAUAUGGCUGGCACAUCCAGCUGUCGACAUAAUUGUGGGUCGUCAGAAAUGUCUACCUGAACGAUACCAUUUCAAAGAUUUUUUUCAAAAAGAAAAGCAAUAUCCGCCGAUUUGACCUACAUUUUGUAAUCAUUCAGGGCAAAUGAAUCGUGCAGUCGAUAUUGCUGUCCCGGACAUGUAAGUUUGUUACCGGCUGCAAACGCAUGGCUCAGUUGUGUGAAACGUCUCUGUUCGACUUGCCUGUGGACGACAUAUUGUUCGAGAGAAUAUUGCCGCAGUUGACCGUGACUCAGCUGUGGAGAUGUCGUCUGGUAUGCACCUGGUUCCAUGCUGUGAUCGAGAGAUACUUGGAGUGCUGUCACAGCGUGGACUGGUCUGUGGACAUACCUGUGCACCUGAAUGAGAGAGUGUUCCGUCUGGUGAUGGCCAAGUCCCAGCACCUGAUCUCGCUGUGUGUUCAUGGCUGCCGCGAGUGCUUCACAGACCAAAGCCUGGACAUGAUCACGGCGAACAACGCGGCGCUCAAGCGCGUGGAUUUCGGCCACUGCACGCAGCUCACACCGCGCUCACUGCUGACACUCCUGAAUGCAAAUCGUCAGCUGCAGUGCAUUGACUUCAGCGGCAUAAGAUCUGUAUCCGCAGCGGUAUGUCAAGGCAUUGCGCUCUGGUGUCCACGACUGGCCGUACUGAAACUGGACGGAGCGUGGGAUGUGGACAGCCGUUGCGUAGUGACAAUAUCGGCGGCGUGCCCCAACCUGCGCCGCCUGUCCUUGCAGAACUGCUACGCCGUCAACAACGAUGGCCUGUUCGAGGCGGCGCCACGGUGGAAGCAGCUGACGUCUCUCGACAUCCGUGGUUGCUGGCGUGUGUCCAACGACGGAGUGAUGUCGCUCACGCAGCAUUGCCGUGAGCUGCGCGAGUUGUUCGUCGCCGGCUGUCGGGACAUCAGCGAAUCGAGUCUGUUCGCCCUGCGCCGACGUCAGGUGCGUAUUGAUGUUGAGCUGCCCCGCGGUCUGCAUGUCGGUGCCAGGGAUAUCUAUCGCAAGCUUGCCUUCGUUCAAGUUUGAGAAUCACAGUACUGUUGGUCGCUGAAGAACUGGGGGGGGGGGGGGGGGGGGGGGGGACUUGUAGCCUAGACCGCUCUUGUUUUCAUUUACUAAAGUCUAUGCACAGUUGAGUCACCGUGUAUGCAUUGGCAUGCUGUACAGUCUAUGCACAGUUGAGUCACCGUGUAUACAUUGGCAUGCUGUGCAGUCUAUGCACAGUUGAGUCACCGUGUAUGCAUUGGCAUGCUGUACAGUCUAUGCACAGUUGAGUCACCGUGUAUGCAUUGGCAAUUUGGCAUGCUGUGCUUGGUGAAGUCCUAGCCUGCUUGUUCUUCGGCGCUACCCGACAGCACUGUGAUACACGAGACAGCACAGCUUCUAGUGAACAUAGUUGAACCAAAUACUUCGAGUACCUGGAUUUUUUUAGAACUUUUAAACUCCAAUGUAGCCUUGUCGUCUCUCAAAUUAUCGUCCAGCGCGCCACAGGUGCAUAGUCCUUGGCUACGCCACGCAGAACCACUGUAUCCUAAUUUUCAACCAGGAGGGUAUCACCAGGGAUAUCGGGGGAGAUAUUCGCUUGGAAAAUUGGACCGAGUGAGUGUUCAAGGCUUUGCACUCGAUCGCUUUUUGACGUGCAGCAUUAUUUAUUGUCCUUGGCUGUAUACUUAGUAACUAGUACACAGAAGUCAGUAGUUUAGGACAGUGUUAUGUUGCAAUCAAACCAUGCCGCUACCCUAUGCAACUCUGACAACAUCCUCACAAUCUGUACGAUUAUAUCAUUGAGCCUGCCGAAGAAAGUCUUCCCCGGCAGUUGCAUGGCUAUGGCUCACUAAACGUCAUACGGAAUGCAUAUCAUGGAUAUUGCUACCUCUUCGUCUUCGGUCACCGUACGCCAAGCAGAUCGUGGAUAUUGCUUGCGACCUUUUUCGUCCAUUCCCUUGAGAUGAAAUUCUUGAAAUUCUUGAGUACUGCA